AUGCAGGACGUCAUUCCGUCUACUACGACCCAGCGAGACUCCAAGUUGGAAUCUUCUUCCCCUCGUGUCGAUUCCACUCCUUCUGCUAUCGUCGCCGACGAUUCUUCAUCGCCUCCUGUUACCGCAGCCAGUGAUAUUCAUUCACCUGCAGUUCAACUCCCUCGCCACGAUGAUCUUAUAUGUCAUCCUUCGACCCGGUAG